AUGGCUGGCCAUCAUGAAAACCCAUUCCAGGAUCCAGUAGCCGAGCACCAUGGACUAGAUGGCAAUCCAUUCGAAGACCCCAGCGUUCAGGGAGCACUAGGCUCGCAUGCAGCUUACCAGGAAAGCACUGGAUACGACCUUGAUUCAGGCCACGAUUCAGCCCACCAUCCAACACCGGGUACCUCAACAACUGUUGUCAGUGGCCGAAGCGACGAUACGGCCGCUCGCUUAGCUGAGAUCAAACGCAAGGAGGCUGAGCUCGAACAGCGCGAACGCAAUCUAGGAUCUAGAGAAGAACACGUAAAAAAUUAUGGCAAAAAUAAUUGGCCGCCAUUUUAUCCUCUGUUCUAUCAUGACAUUAACGAAGAGAUUCCAAUGGAGAAGCGGGCCGACGUCACAACAAUCUUUCGAGGAUGGCUCUUCUUGGUUAUUGUAUUAGGAUGGAACAUGAUCACCUCAAUCUUCCUCCUGACAAGUGGGGCCUCAAAUGGUGGUGCAGAUCUGGGCUCGGGAAUCUUCUACUUUCCAGUCAUCACAAUUCUUUCCUUUCUGCUAUGGUAUAGGCCCGUGUACAAUGCCUAUGCGAAAGAACACUCCAUCUUCUAUCUCCUAUACUUUGUCUUUGGAGGCUUCCACGUGGCAUUUUGUUUUUACAUGCUGAUAGGAAUCCCAGGCACCGGGUCAGCAGGCCUAAUUAACACAAUUGCGGCUUUUGGCAGAGGGAGCAUCUUCACCGGUGUUUUCGGGGUUAUUGCCACUGGAGGAUGGGCGAUCCUAGCUCUGGGUAACGCAUGGAUGUGGAAAGCGGUCUGGAAACACUGGCACGAUAAGGGCCACACCUUCGAUCAGGCUAAAAGCGAAUUCGCGACUACUGGUCUCAAGGCUUAUUUUGGUAGCGGCAAAAGGUAUGCGCCCUCUUCCUCCUUUGUCCGUUCACAUCUACCCCCAUGUGGUUCAAAUUUUGACCUUCUUUUGCCACGAGCACGACAGCUCUCACCAACCAAAAACAUCGACAUCCAAAGCACAAAGAUGGACUACUACGAUGACGAGGACCCGAUGUUCGAAGCUGAAGAUGUAGUCGACCCUCCAGCCCAACCGACGAACCGCAACAAUAACGGGCGCCGGAUGGGCGAUGGCUUCGGGGGUAUACUCAACUCAUUCAACGGAAUCGAACGAGGAUUCGGAAUGCACACCGAUUGGCCACACGUCGGAAACCAGAUGAUGGGAUACGGAGGCCAUCCCACAAUGAGGCCUCCCGCUCGAGCAUUCUCUAAAACUUACAAAGCUUAUUCUACUGCCAUCUUGGAGAUCAAACAAGGUCGGGGUGAACGAACUGGUGGAAGGAGCAAUGUGAUGCAUGGUGGAAAAAUAAUCAUGCCACAGGACGCUCUCGUUCAAUUGACGGAAAUGGAUAUGGAAUCGCCCUUUAUGUUUGAGAUUCGGAAUUCUUCCCCGGCCAAGAAGGAUCUGUUCACUCACUGCGGGGUCUUGGAAUUCAUAGCCGAUCCAGGAACUGUGCACUUACCUCAAUGGAUGAUGACACGUUUAGAGCUAAAUGAAGGCGAUUCAAUUAAGCUCACCGGUGCACGCUUACCCAAAGGAAAGUUCGCUAAGGUGCAAGCUCAGAGUACUCUGUUCUUAGAACUGGGUGAUCACAAAGCUGUACUCGAGACUGCCCUACGGAAUUUCUCGUGUCUUACCAAAGGGGAUAUCAUUGAAAUCUACCACAAUAUGAUGACGUUUGAAAUUUUGAUCAUGGAGCUCAAGCCUGAUGACACGCCGGGCGUUAGUAUUUUCGAAACCGACCUCGAGGUUGAUUUUGCCGCACCAUUGGGAUACGUCGAACCGACCCCGGUACCGAGGGCACCCCCGGCGACGAUGGCCUCAAAAAUGAACAUCGACACAUCGGGUACCGAAUCAGUCGAUGCUCGUGGAAGCGCGGCAGGAGGUGCCCACGCUGCUGGUGGUCCAGCCACCUGGGAGGCUUUCAAAGGUGGAGGCCGGACGAUGGGCGGCAAGAUUGUCAAGGGGAAAGGCGUCCAGAAGAAGAAGAUCGAACAGGUCGACUCAAGUAGUAAGAUCUUCCGGACUGAUGUCCAAAGGAUCGUCACUGCGGACACUCAGAUUGGCGACAGACAAGUGCCAGCUAGGUUGGACUUGCCAUUUGGCACGUUAUUCUUUGGAUUCAGUGCCAAGCCGUUCGAACCUGCCAAAGCCGAUGGUGAAGGAGCAGGAGGGUCGGCGGCCCCGUUUGCCAAGGUCUCCAGUAGCGGCAACACCUUAUCUGGCCGGUCUCAAUCAAUUGCCGAUGCCCAGGAACCAUCUACAUCAUCAUCAGUCACCCCUCAAGCUUUCUCUGGAGAAGGCCAUUCACUCAGUAAAGGUAAAUCUAAAAACAAAGUGAUUGUUAUUGAUGAUUGA